CUCAAAUAUACCAACUAAUACUCUUACAGCAAAGAACAGGAUACAAAUGAUUUCAUGACAGGUUCUGAUACACCUUUUUUGAAAUAUAGUAUUUUAUUCUGGUUAUGCAGAGGCAAAUCAGUUCUCUUGUUCUUAGCUAAUGUGAUGGUGCUGAUCAUCCCCUUUGUCCACCUCUCCUUCUGCUCUGGAGAUCUAUGGUUCUUGGUUUUCAGAGAUCCCGUGUAAGGCAAGAUGGCUUUGUACUUCUCAGGCACUCAUCUUAGGAAGGCACAGCAGGAGAAUAGUCCAUGCAAGAUGUAUGUGUUUCUGCAGUUCUUGACUUUCUGUUGAAAACUUGUGCAUAUCUCUGCGUGUUUGUUUUACUCUGCUGCAUCUGUAUUUUUUUCUUUACAAAAAAAACCCCACAUGGUUCUUUCGCAUGCCUUUGCUUUUUAGUGUUGACCUUACCUCAUCUCUGUGUGGACCUGUGGGUGUUCACUGGAGCUGUGCUGCAUGUGUCUGUUACCUCCUUGGCUGAGGUUUCCUUAGGCAAGAAACUCAAGUCUGGGGUGUCAGACCUUUGCAGCUAUGCAUACUUUUUUUUGAUUGUUUUGUGGGGUGUUUGUGUGAUUGCAUGUGUGUAUACAAAGACAACAUUCUCAGGAAGCUGCAUUUUACUCUUAGAACUCUCUGUAUUCUUCAUCCCCAAAUACAAAUUCACAGGCUUUUCAAAUGAACACAUAGAUUUGAAACUCUUUUGAGUCUGGCAGUAUUGUGCACUUUGUUCCGAGAAAAGAGGAGAAAAUAGAUUAUAUCUUGAAUGCAAGAGGCAAUUUUGCAGGGUAUGCAUGUGUGUGCUUAGGUAUAUGAGAGCUGUUGAAGGACUUAAAUGCUGGAAAUACAGUAAAAUCAGCAUUUCUGGUACCUGCUAACUGCUGGCAUCACAUUCUUCCCCUGUGUUUACAGUGCAUGUCCACAUGUAAAUCCUUUGAGAGUUGCUACCAUUUAAUAACUUUUAACUGAAACCUGUGCAUUGCAUCUGUAGGGAAGAAGUUGGUUUGCUUAAGAGCAUUGCCUUGAGAGACUGUACAAUAUGUUAGUAAUAGAUGUACCCAUUUUAUAUUUAACUAGUGUCUUGUGAUGCAUCUGUAUUUGCUGUCUGUCUGAUCUUCUGUGCUCAUUUUUGCUGGCUUUUGUCUGCAGGAAUGCAGAAAGAAAAAAAGUUAAUCUCAGUUUACAAGGGAGCAAUCUAGUAGAAGCUGUGACUGAGUUUGCCGGUGGAGUUUUAGGAUUCAUUGAUCUAGGUUUCCACACUGUUGUGGUUCUUUGGAUUUGUUUUUUUUUUUUUCUUGGAAAUGGUAGGCCUAGGAAGCAGCUGCCGAGGGAUGAAGUCUUCGCCGCUUCUCAUGGCUGCGCUUGUGGCGUGCAUCAUUCUUUUGGGUUUCAAUUACUGGAUUGCAAGUUCUCGCAGCAUGGAUCUGCAGGGUCGAGUCAUGGAUCUGGAAGGCAAAGUCCGGAAGGCGGCAGCGGAGAGGGGUGCUGUGGAGCUCAAAAAGAAUGAAUUCCAAGGGGAGCUAGAGAAGCAGCGACAACAGAUUUACAAAAUCCAGUCCUUGCACAGCUUUCAGAUGGAAAAUGCCGACAGAGCACGUCAGGAAGAGAAGGCAAUACUGCUGAGAAACAUCACAGUAAAUGAUCGACUGAUUCAGAAUCUACGAGAACACUUGAAAGAGUUACAGACAGAAUAUGGAAAGCUGCAGUUGGAUGUUUAUUGGUUUCAAAAGAACCAGACUAACCUUCAGAGGAAGUUCUCAUAUGACCUGUCACAGUGCAUCAACCAGAUGAAAGAAUUAAAAGAACAAUGUGAAGAAAGGAUAGAUGAACUUACAAAAAAGGGUAGUGAUGUACCACAAAUCGAAGAAAACAAAGAAUUCUCAGAAGAUUCAAAAAAAUAUAGCCAGGUCAAUAUUCAGCUGCCAGCCUUGAAGCAAACUGAGUUCAAGCACACUGACUUGGAACAGCAGAAACCCACUGAAGAUGUACCUACAGCAGUACCUACACUAAGACAAACAGACUUGAUGAAGGCUAAAGAAAGAAUAGAUGGCCCAGCUGACAUCAGAAAACAGGAGCCUAAGGCAGAAGAGGAGCAGCUUUUUAGUCAGUUGAAAAAACCACAAGAUCCCCUCAAGGCUGCUGCAGGUCACAAGGAGAUGCUACCUGAAUCAGAGAAGGAGCCAAAUCCAUCUGGAAAUGAAAAACACGUAGCUGGGCAAGAUGUGUUACAGCCAGCACCAGAGCAGGCUGCCAGUGAGGAAGUUGAGAGGGAACAGCUCCUAAACUACGAUGCUAAGCAGGACGACUUGUCCCUGGGAAAGGCCGUUCAAAACCCUGAAGAUAUGAAGAACCAGUUAUCUGACCAUGGUGAAGGAGGACAGUUGUGAACAAAGGAGGUUCAUGACGCAACUUAGUCACCUCUUCAUCUAUAUGCAGCAAUGAUGAGAGCAAAGUGAUCUGAGAAUGUUUUGAUUACCUUCUUGAGGCUUGAAUAAGGGCCCAAAUGAAGUAGUAUCUUCCUGUGAAGUUUUGGUACUGUUUCAGUGGAGAAAAAAGCAAUCUGAAAUCUCUGGAGGCUUGUUAAAGCAGUUGACGUCUGCACUGACUCUCUCCUUCCUACUGAUUAUAAAACUGAAAUCAGCAAGCAAUAAAUGUAGUAACUUUGAAGUUGGCUAUAGUCAUACUACAGUAAUGGUAUAUGUGGAUUGUUGGUACAUGAGCAACAGUCCUCUGCCAAGGAUGGAUCUCUCUCCAGAGCAACGCACAACAGAGAAAUACCCAGCCUAGUUUUAAGAACUUAAAGAGGAGCUAAGCCACCGAACGAGGGAAGGAUGAAAAACAGUCCAUGCUGCAAUCUACCCUUGUGCCUUUUGUGGCACUUUUUUACUGCAACAUAAAUAUACUCAGAAAACAGAAUGAUAUAUUUCACCUGGGCCUUCUGAAUUAAGUUUCUAGUUUACACUGUCUGGAUGAGUUCUUAGCUUCAAGGUUAAAAAAAAAAAUCAAAACAACUCUGAUAAUAGUGCCUUCUUUUUAAGAGAUUAGGCAGGAAGAUUUUUCUGAAAGCUUUGUUGGACUCUAGUUCACAAGUUCAGUAAUACAGUAUGAUUCAGUUACCACUGACUUGCACAAGUUUAGCAUAAAAAUUCAAACUCACAAACUUUUUGUGACAGAAGCCCUCUAAAAUGGUGUGCUACCCUUUACUCCACCCAACCACUAUCUUCUGGUAAAAUGUAGGAAGGCAAAACACUUGCUUUGUAGAACAGCAAUCAUCCUAGCUGUUCAAUGUGAAUAUUCCUCUCUGCUGGACUUUUGAAGGAGGUAAACCAGACUAAGCAUUUAGAAGACAUGGCAGUGACUCUUACAGGUGAAGCUGUAGUCAUUGUGAAGUCCUGUGUUUAUCACAAUCUAUCAUCUUGUUAAUUUUCUGUAGUCUUCUCUUUUCUGUAACUUCUUCAAUGUAAACUAGAAACUAGUUUACUUGCAGUAACCUAGAAAUAUCCUCUACUUACCACUAGGGCACCCUUUAUGCAGUCCAACCUCCAUGUCUGUAGCCAGCUGUUUUGCAGAAUUUUUGUAUUUGUGUCUGUUCCCAAGACUGACAUCUGUGUUUAGAGCAAUCUUUGUGAGUAUGAACCAACCUCGUUUAGACAGUAGACAGCUGUGCCUAACUUGCCAACGAGCAAUUCCAUUUAAGAAAAUAUAAAUUUGUCUUUACUUUCCCUU